AUGUUGGAAUACUUGACAUACAAAAAGAUCAAGAAGAACAGAGCGGAGAAAGCGGCUGCUGCUGAGGAGACUGCGAAGAAGACCGAAGCUGGAUCUUCGGUAGACCCAUCCUACGGACAUGUACCGGAUUUCAGCAACGACGCAUCUCGUGCAUCAGGUCAUCAACACAGGCGGCGAAGCACGCAGCACAGCCUCAGCUCCAAUACUCCUCCUCUGAGCCCAGUCCUCGACCGCGAUGAUGAGGCCUGGCUGCAAAGUAUCCUGGAAGACGAUGGUCCAGCUCCGCCUCUGCCCCCACGCAUCAAUACCCCUCAGAUCGACCUCUCGUCUGCAUCUGAGAGUGAGAUAGAGGCGGUCAAGGCUCUGCAAGAACCUAAGAGUAAAAAGGACAAGAAGAGAGAAAAGAAAGACAAAGAGAAAGAGAAGCACGACAAACAGCCAAACCGUCUAACGGCUUUGUUCACGAGACACAAGAAACCACAGGAUGGUCUUAAGCCUGAAGAUAACGUCGCCCCACCAGAAGCUGAGCGUGAGGAGCAGGAUCUCGGUAACGUUCUCGACCGCCUGAACCUCCAAGCAAAGAACAACAAGAUCGUUUCUCUCUCCAACGAGUCAUCCGAGCUCCUGUCUCGUUUUACUCAAGUAUUCAAAGAUCUUGCCAAUGGAGUGCCAACAGCCUACGGCGAUCUCGCAAGCCUAGUUGAAGAUCGCGAUGGUGCCAUCAAUCGCGGUUUCGAAAAAUUGCCUUCAUCUCUCAAGAAGCUUGUUACUCAACUUCCAGAUAAGCUGACGUCCUCCCUGGCGCCUGAGCUUUUGGCAGCUGCAGCAGAAAGUCAGGGUCUUAAGGCAAAUACGGAAAAGGGCGUUAAGGAUGCCGCUAUUGACCUCCUCAAGCCCUCCAAUUUGACCGAUCUGGUCACGAAGCCAGGGGCUGUCGUUGGUAUGCUCAAGGCUAUCGUUAACGCAUUGAAGGUGCGGUGGCCUGCAUUUAUCGUAUUGAUGUUUGUACUUUGGUAUUGCCAUAAGAGAGGCCGCGAAGUGCGACUGGAGCGUGAGAAAUCUCUAGCUGAGACACCCGUUGAUGGCAGCGAUCGCAUCGAAGAGCUUCCAGAUGACCCUCUUCUUCCCGGGCCAGAAGCAGCGGCGGCGGGUCGCAAUACCGACAGGGCAAUACUCGGAGAUCCUGUUUCUCCUUUGUCUGAGCCAUCCCCGAUUCCUGCUGUAGUCGAGCCAGUCUCACCAGAGGAACCGGUUCGUCGUCGCUGA